AUGAACGCCGCACUCGAACAGAUCAAGCAAUUGGCCAGCCAGGCGGGCGAUUCAGCUCGGCAGCCUUUGAUUCUUGCUUUGAGGAAAGUAAUUAACUCGUUGGAGGCACCCGAGGAGAUGCUUCAGCGAGUUGGAAGUCAACACUUGGAUAGCGCGGCAACCGUAAUAGGAAUCGAUUUGGGACUGUUUGUCUUACUGGUGGAAGCAGAAUCCCCACUGACAGUGGAUGAGCUCGCACAGAAGACCAAGGCCGAGGAGGCUCUGCUAGGAAGGCUUUUGCGGUACCUUACAUCCAUUGGUAUGGUCGAUGAGGUUUCCAGAGAUCAGUUCAAAGCCAAUCUUGCCACGAAGAACAUGACAGCCAAAGUCAGCGAAGCGGGCCUUCGUCACUACUUUUACACCGUCUGUCCAGAGUUCCAGGCUCUGCCAUCGUUCUUGAAGAAAACAGGGUACCGGAAUCCGCAAGAUGAAAAUCACACUGCAUGGCACGAUGCUUUCAACACUGAUAAACAUCCAUUUGCUUGGUUCGGAGAGCACCCAGAGAAUAUGGCAUACUUCAAUGAGUACAUGGCCUCACGAAGAUUACCAGAAAAGUCGUGGUUGAAUGUGUAUCCUGUGGAAGGGGAGUGCGCCGGCUGGACUGCUGACAAACCCCUGUACGUCAACAUUGGCGGCAAUAUCGGCCACCAAUGUGCAGAGUUCAAGGAAAAGUACCCUCAUAUUCCUGGACGAGUUAUACUACAGGAUCUACCGUAUUCUAUUGACAACGCCCUACUGACACCAGGGGUGGAGAAUUUGGUCCACAACUUCUUUGAACCCCAGCCCAUCAAAGACGCCAAGUUCUAUUUUCUCCGCCGCGUUCUCCACAACCAUCCAGACCACAGAGUCAAGCAGAUCCUGGAACACACCAAGUCGGCAAUGACAAGUGAAUCGGUGCUCCUUAUCGACGAGGUGACGCUGCCUGAGACAGGUGUAAGAUUCGACGCUGCAAACGACGAUUUGACCAUGAUGGCAGUGUUUGCAAGCGCGGAGCGCUCUGAAAGACACUGGUCCGGUCUCUUCGCCGAAGUAGGCCUUCGACUAGUCAAGACCUAUAUAUACAACGCGCCCGUCUAUGAAUGCGUUAUGGAUGUCCGUCUAGCAUAA